AUUCCGACAAGUGGCACCACUUGUUGGGGCUGACGAGUGGUGCCAUCUACAAACAAAUGACAAAUUUCACUGUCCCCUAUCACCCCUAUUCAAUAUUUCACAUUACGCGGACUGAAGACACAUUGUUUUGAUUUUAACGUGCGCAACAGAUAUCGCACUACACAAUGUCUAAGAGAAAAGGUGUUUCUUUGGAUGAGAAACGACAACGGAUGCUGCAAAUUUUUUAUGAAAAAAAAGAAUUCUUCAAUCUGAAAGAAUUAGAAAAAAUAGCUCCGAAAGAGAAAGGAAUUGUGCUUCAAUCGGUAAAAGAUGUACUCCAAGCUCUGGUGGAUGAUGGGCUUGUUACUAGCGAUAAAAUAGGAACUUCGACUUACUAUUGGGCAUUUCUUGGUGGUAAUACAACGGCCAUAGCUCAAAAAGUUGCUCAAUCUAAUAAAGCUAUAGUAGAAGCAGAGUUCAGACUGGAUAAGCUUAAAGAAGAUGUAAAAAACGAAGAGGCAGAUAAAGAAGAUACGGAAGAACGGCGAGCUGUCUUGAAAGAAAUUGAAGAGCUGAGAGAGCAGGAAGAGAAUUUGAAGAAACAAAUAGUCAAAUUCAGUGACUCGGAUCCUGAAGUGAUAGCACAAAUUGAAGAUAAAGCUUUGUUGUACAAAGACGCGGUGAACGUGUGGACGGACAAUAUAUUCGCGAUUCAGACGUGGUGCAAAAAAAAAUUUGACAUCAGUGAAGAUAACCUCAAUAAACAGUUCAACAUACCCUCGGAUCUUGACUACAUCGAAUGAAGAAAAAAAUAAUGACCUAACCUAAAAUCGGGAUCGGAACUCGAUCAAUAAUUAGUAUAACUUCGCAUUUACUAUUAUUUAA